AUGGAUCCGCCGCCCGGGUGCAGGCACUGCACUGGCUGCCGCAGCCUGACAGUCAACGCGCUCCCUGAGGAACUGCAUGGUCAGUGCCUGGAAGGGGACAGGGACUUCGGCAACUCCAGGAGACGAACUCUCCCAGGGGAAGCGAGUGGAGAGGACAGUGGGCGGCCCUCACUGCUGCGUUCAGUUCGCGGCCCCUCACCUCCUCUGCGCGCGUACCCUGGGCUUCACCUCCCUAACCUCUCUCUUUGGCUUUUCUCUUUUGCAGAGACGAAACCUCCCGUGGUCUCGGUGAUUGUAGCAGGAGGAAGACACGCAGGAGGAGCAGAUAAAGGUCACGUCAGCGCGGGAGCUCGCGGCCUCGGGGACGACGAGAGCCCAAAGGGCGGUAGCGGCGUCCAGGAACUUGGGCAGCAGCAACAGGAGGUGCCAGAUUUCCUGGCUGCCAAGGGUCCACUGUCCCGGGAUAAGCAGCAACGCCUCCACCGCUACACUUUCACCCCGUUGCAACUGCAGGAGCUAGAGAGCGUUUUCCAACGGACUCCCUAUCCAGACGUGUUCGCGCGAUAUGAGCUGGCAAGAAGCAUGGGUGUGACUGAAGCCCGAGUGCAGGUUUGGUUUAAGAAUAGGAGGGCCAGGUGGAGAAGACAUCAGAAGGCAUCAAUGUGCAGAAAUAUGCCCCCUGCUGCUGUGGACCAGCCUGUGAACAUAACUUUAGAGGGUCCAUAUAAUGCCAUCCUUGUUCAGGAGCCCAAUUGGAAAGGGGUUCCUCCAGAGCCACCAUCAUCCAUGCCACCCUUGCUUCUUCCGCCCUUACCUCCUUUUGGCGUGGCUUUGUCAGGCCAAGAAAGCACCCUUAUCAUCAGUGGUCAUUUUGUCAUCAUCUUUUUCUAA